AAACGGUAUUAUAAAUUAUUUUUUAUGAAUAAAGCAAACACCAAUAUAAUCCCAUACCUCCAGUGCACUAGGGGCAGAGGGCUGGAGUCUUGGAGGUAUGAUACAGUAGAAUGCGUUUUUGUCUAUUACCAUGUGUUUAAAAGUACAGUUGUUAGAUGUAACCUUGAAGGCUAGGGAGGAGAUCUAAUAUGGGAUGAAAUUAGACCCAAAAUGAUUAAUAGAUGUACCCAAAAAUAUCAAUGUACUACAUCAAUCUAUUAAUCAUUUUGAGUCUAAUUUUAUCCCAUAACGAGUCAAUCUUUCAUUCGUUAUCUGAGGGAGUGUCAGUCAUGUUAAAAAAAAGUGAACCGCUUAAGUUAUUUGUGGAUUAAUGCUUAUUGGAGAUGUGAACCGUUUCAAAUGAUUCCGUUCGAUUUGGUGAACUGGUUCAAGAAGAACCGGAUAAAUCUAAUGAUUUGUUCGCGAACCGGACAUCACUACACUGCGGUGUUGUGAACGUGCUCACAACAGACUCUGAAGAGAAGACAAUGCUGAAUAAAGUUGGAAUUUUUGUUAUUUUGGACCAAACUGUAUUUUUGAUGCUUCAACAAAUUCUGAAAAAAAAACUCUGAUGUCACAUGGACUAAUUUGAUGAUGUUUUUAUUACCUUUCUGUACACGGACAGUAUACCUUACAUACAUUUUCAAUGGAGGUACAGAAAGCUCUCGGACUAAAUCUAAAAUAUCUUAAACUGUGUUCCAAAGAUGAACGGAGGUCUUACGGGUUUGGAACGACAUGAGGGAUGCAUUCAGUCUGUUGCGACAUUUCACAUGAUGGAUGAUCACAAGCAAUGGAUGAGCCUCCUGCAGGUGUGAUGAUGCAGAUGGAUGACACACUGUUACUGGAUGCGAGCGUUCAGCGGUCUCUCGUACUAAGAAAUGAACAUGAGUCGAAAUGCACGUGACUGUGAGCGGACGACUUUUAAGCGACAGCAUCUGAGUCUGUCAGACCUAAAAGAAAUGGAGUUACAGCAUGGAUACCUGUAUAAGAACAAUAUCCCUGCUUAUCCUGAAUCUGUGGAGUUCUGUAUUCAGAAAGUGUCUCAUGUCACUGGAGAAAGUGGUCUUAGGGCUAUUUUUCUCGAUUCAGGUUUCAGACAGCCACCGCACCUGGUAGAUAAUGAUCAGCCCCAUUUCCUCUGGUGGAGUUUAGCAGUCACACCUGAUGACAUAUCCUCAGCUGAGGAGCGUUUCCUCACAUCUUUAUUCCCUCAUCGAAGUUCUGCCCAAAUUUACAACCAGCCACCCGUCCUUGAGCACUUCACCAGCUCAAAGGCAUUCCAGGAGAAAUCUUCCUAUGGAAACUUUUGCUUCACUUUUUCACUGAAGGAGCUUCUCUGGCACUACAGCAAGCAGUUUUGUGGUGACCAAAGUCCAGUUCUGCGUAUGUAUGAGACUGUGCUUUUCAAACAAGAGAUUCAAUAUACAGUUGUAGUGCAUCCUCGGCAUGUAAACCUUUACGAUGAUUUUAUGCGACUUCCAAGUCAGAGUGAUGGUGUGUGUGGGUACCGUAAGGGGGCCAUGUGGUGGCGAUGUCAAGCCCCCUCUGAUAUCUAUAAUAAAAGGCUUGAAGUGAAGCGCUAUGAUGGAGGAAUUGAUGUGAGACCUCAUCACAAAGAUGAAUACUACGUCUGGGAUCAUGUGUGUUUAGCUUUCCACAUGGAACCGGGGUGGGUGUUGAACGUGGAUCGGAACAGACUGUUAAAAAGGGUGAAUGCGUGUGAAGUGUCUCCUCCAUGUCUUCUGAGACCUCCGGAGACUCCAUUGAGUUUAAACGAGGCUAAACGUAAAUUAGUUGAUAUUAAGGCCAAAUUUGGCUAGACUGAAACUACUGAUAGCACAUACAUCAUGUACAUAGCACAUAUACCAUGGAGACAUCUAUUUGACGUCUGCAUUUACAUCUGCAAGAUAUAUUCUUUUAGAGUGUUUGGUCAUCUGCAAUAUUGGACGUUUCCUAUCAGAUGUCAAAUGGACGUAAAUUAGAUGUCUUUGUGUAUGAUUUAGAAUGUAUGUGAAACUGACAUCUGAAAGACGUCUGUCCGUCGUUUGUAGACAGCAGUUCUUUUUCAGAUCAAGAGAUCUUUAACAGACAUCUUGCAGCCGUAAUUGUGCAAUCUGUAGAUAUUACAUUCUCAAGGAAUUGCAAAGAAAUUAAUGAUUCUAUGCAUGCUAGUUACAUAAUUUACACCAGUUGCCUUCAUUAAACACCAUAAAUUCACAGCUGUCAUUAAAAAUACAAAGCCUUACUUACAAAGCAACACAUUUUUCAUUGCAUUUUUCAGUCAUUUUUUUCAGUCACUUUGAGGCAUUUAUAGUUUUUUAUAUUUCAUACCCAGUGUAAACCUGGCUAUAACAUAAUCAACAUAUUCUGAGGCUGAUGAUGCAAACGAUUACCCUAACUAUCUAGAUAUCUGCUUUCCUCUUGUUUGAGGGAUUAUUAAUGCGCCUUUGCACUGAUAGACACAAUUAAGUGAAGAAUGAAACCCAACUAAGCAUUCAUGCAGAUAAUGGUUCAAUAAGCUUUUAAAAUAUAAUUAACUUUUCCGUUUUACAUGUAUGUUCACAUUGUAUCUACACCGAACAUAUUUUGUACAAACAAUUUUAAAAGAUGCACUUUUAAUUCUCUCCACCAGAGGUCUAUGUUGUCAGGCUGGUUAUUUUGCAGUCACAUUUUUACUUAAACCUUGCUUAUAUUUUCUUUCCUUAUUAUUGCUUUGAUUUUUAACUGUAAUUGUUUUUCUUUUAAGCAUGUUUUUUAAUGUUUAUUAUGUUUCUUAAAUGAAAGAGUUUAAUCUAAUUUACUUAAAUCUAAUGUCUUUUUGCACUAAGGGUUUUAAAUGAUUAACUUUGACAUUGAUGAGUGAUGUUAAUCACUUAAUGUGAAGUUGGUGUAUUGCUAAACCAAUAAAUAUGACUAUACCACA